AUGAAUCUGGGCGCCGCCCCUUGUUUGCCGCAGAGCCGCGCCGCCGUAAAUCCCGGCGACACGGCGCUGGCAGCGAGCCCGCCCCGCGCCGCUGCGCCCUACUCGCCGCCGCCGCCGCCGCCGCCGAGCCAGGCCGUCCUGUGCCUCAGCUGCCAGAGCACGCCGCAACAACGCAGGGGCCGCCGUCAAAGGCGAGGCGCGCUCACCGCAACAGCCGCACAAACGGAGCCCGCACAGCCUCACCGGCGCGCGUCGCUCGCUGCUGAGACAUCUCUCGGCGGAGCAGUUCCAGUACCGGGAACAACAUUUGCUAUCAGCUGGUUCCGGGGCGGCUGGUUUAUGCGGACCAGCCCCCAGCCCGCAGGCGGGCUCUGCGGCAAUCCACUCGUGCGGCAGCCGAGGCCAGGGCGUGACAAAGGACGCCACCUCGCCAUUCUUAACGCCGGCGCCGGCCCGGAGCAGGUGGAAAGAAAGGUCAUUUUCCACGUCGCCUGCCACACAACAACAGCAGGUCUGCGGCGCUCUGUGCGUCGCGGGAUUGCCUACUUCCGCGACGCGGCGGGGAGCACCUCGUUGUUAUUCCAGAGGCCUUCCGCAGACGCGGGCGCGGCGCCCCCUGCUGUCGGCUGCGUGUCUCCCCAAAGUGGUUUAGCCGCCGCCUGUCCGCCUGUCUCAUCUCUUCAGCCCCCAGCCUCCGCCGGACACUACUUAUCCAGCUCUUGGCUGUCCACUUCUUUCCUGUCGCCACCUGCCGCCUACGCGUCCCGCCGGCUGCCACAAGAGGGCGCGCGCUGUUUCUGA